GCAAAAAGGCCCCAUAGUCACAAACAUCAAACUCUUUCCUUAAUGGACGUUAGGAGUAUUUCAGCAAAGUUUUAUUCGUGAUAAAUGUUCUUUUCUGUCAAAAAAAGUAUUCAGCAAUGCGUCGAGGACCGGGAAUUGCUGCCAUUAACAGAAGCAAACUUGCCAAGGAAAGAUAUGCAACAAAGGGUACAGAACUUUCUGAAGCAGAGGUUGCUCAUAUGUCAAAACAAUUAGAAUCCUUCAAAACUUUCCUGGAAAAGUUUGCUGCAAAUCAUCAGGCUGAUAUUAAAAAGAACCCAGAGUUCAGACAACACUUUCAAAAACUGUGUGCAAGAAUUGGUGUUGAUCCAUUAGCAUCCAGCAAAGGUUUUUGGGCAGAAAUUCUUGGUGUUGGUGAUUUUUAUUACGAGUUAGGUGUUCAAAUCACUGAGGUUUGCUUAGCUACAAAAUCAAAGAAUGGUGGAUUAAUAACUAUUGAAGAACUACACAAACUUGUUUUGAAGGGAAGAGGCAAAGCUCGACAAGAUGUAUCAGAGGAUGAUCUCUUGAGAGCAAUAAAAAAAUUGCACGUGCUUGGCUCAGGUUUUCAAGUCAUACCGCUUCAAGGUCGGCAAGUGAUCCAAUCCGUCCCUGGAGAGUUAAAUGUCGAUCAUACUACAUUGCUAGAGACUGCUCAGAAAUCAGGUUACACAUCGAUGUCUAUGCUGUCCUCGGAACUUGGUUGGGAUAAUCACAGAUCUGAACAAGUACUUAAUUAUUUGAUUCAAGAAGGAAUGAUCUGGGUUGACAACCAAGGACCAGGAGAAAAGCUAUACUGGGUUCCGGGCUUUUUCAGGCAACCUUAAACUGUGACCAAAGUCUAUAGACUUUGCUGUGACGCACUCGUACUUUAUAGAAAUAAAUUUGAUUUUGAUAGUUUUAAAGUCAGUUUUCAUUGCAAAAAAUUCACAUCAUUUGCCGAAAGCCAUUUUGCAUUUAUCUCAUUACGUCAUUUUCCUCAGUCUUGACAUUCAGAAGAUUGUCCAAUGACUGUAAAUUGCAACUGCGCAUGCUCGUUAGUUGCUAUAAGCAAUAAUGACUCAAUAAAGACUUUUUCUCGUAGA